CCGUAGACAUGCAAUGUAUUUUUACAAGAAACCCCCUCCGCGACCGCAUGAGCGACGCUCUCGUCGUCUCGCUCGUCUACGAGCGAAGCUCGUGCUCCGAGACCGAGGCGACGACUGAACGCGCGUUGUAGGAAGCGAUGCGGGGAGACGACGGCAGCAAGGAUCCGGUGCGCGCGGGGGAGGAAUUCCUUUGCCGCCCAAGGUCGGGUCCCAAUGUCACGGCAAGCACGGAAGGAGGCAGCGGCGGCGGCGCGAGAUGUACUGAAGUCGGCUCGGGUGCGCAAGGCACGUGCGGCACCGAUGCGGAAGGGGGCGCCAAUGGAGAAGGUCUCUGGAGGAGCUAGAGCGCCGCCUAUGCUGGAGGUGAGUAGUUUGAGCAGGGCAGCGCAUGUGCCAGAGCAGAGGAGUUUGGGAUGUGGCGCUGGCGACUUCUUCAACGGCAGCGACGACUUCUUUGGUAGCCCCGGACAGAGCUCCCAACCAUGGAAUCCUCAAUCCUCAGAUCCUGCAAUGUGGGAACAAAUGCAACACCUCCCGGAGGCUUCACCAAUUUCAUCCAGCCCAACAUGUCCCAAAAUUUCAUUUUUGGUGGACAACCAUCUCAAUAUGCACCAUUCAGGCAGCCGCGGAAUAUGCAAGAUGUACAAUCAGAAGAGGAAUUUUCGACUCCUAUUUCAGCAAAGGACAAUAACCCAUAUGUUAAUGUUGACAGCGGUGAAGAGGCACCUAGGACUGAGAAGCGAAUAUUUUGGAGUCAAGAAGAAGAUGUCAGGAUGAUUAGCUCCUGGCUGCUCAAUUCAACAGACCCAACCUGUGGUGCUGAUAGGAAGAAUGAGCAAUAUUGGAGUGAUGUUGAGGUCACAUACAAUGAAACUACACCAAGUCAUAGGGCCAGGAAUGCCAAGCAAAUCAAGGACCGUUUUCAUAAGGUAAAUAGGUGGACUGACCUAUUUCAUAGUGCUUGGUUGAAGGCUAGAAUGAUUUAUACUAGUGGCUAUAAUGAUCUAAUGUGGAUUGAGAAGGCCCAUGUGUUCUAUAUAGAAGACAAUAAGAAACUCAAUCUAGGACCCUUUGUGUUGAUGGAAGUUUGGAACACAGUCAAAAAUGAAGCAAAGUGGAUUACAUACAAAAAUGGGCUUAAAGCAGCAAGAAAAAGAAAGGGUCCAGGCAAUGAGAAGAAGGAGAGGCUGAGGAUCAUACAGAUGUAGAUGAACUUGAUGAUCAGCCUAGACCAAUGGGGCAAAAACUAGUUAAAAAGCUUAAAUAUGCCACAAUUAAGGAUGUGAACCAUAUAGAUCUUGAAGAGCUGGACAAAUUUGGUAAAAUCCAGGAUGAACAGAAUGCAAAUAGGCUGAAAGUAUUGGAAGUGCAGCAGAAGUUAUCAUCUGAGAAGAUAGAACAAACAAAGCUUGCUCAUCUUGCAGCAAAGGAACAGAAAGAGGUAGCACAGAUGCAAAGGGAGGCAAGAAAAUAUGAAUUAGAGACUAGGAUGUUUGAGACAUACAACCGCCUUCUGUCAAUGGAUUUAUCAUUGAUGUCCAAUGAAGAAAAGGAAGAUCAUGCAAAUACUAUGAAGUGUUUGAAAAAGAAACUAUUUGCUGAGAAUUGAGAUAAAAGGAAGAUAAACUCAAAAGAUAAAACAUUGCACAGACUCCAGAAGGUUCACUCCUUGAUAUUAUGCGUACUGCUUAUGAACAACUGGGAAGAUAAAAGUCAGAGUCACUUCAUCAGCUAAAAGGAAGGUCAAGUGGUUGUUCUCUUUCUUUUUUUUGGAGAAUGUGGUGAGUCAAGUGGUUGUUCUGUCUACUGUGGAAGGUCAAGUGGUUGUCUAGUGUGAACUGAACUGAACUGAAUUCUUAGUUGUGUCUACUGUGAACUGAACUGAAUUCUCAUUUGUGUCAAGUGUGAACUGAACUGAAUUCUAGUGUGAACUUUUUGUUUUGCCGUGUGUCUAGUGUGAACUGAGCUGAAUUCUCAUUUAUGUCAAGUGUGAACUGAAUUCUCAUUUGUGCCGUGUGAACUCAUUUGUGCCAUAUGUAUAUAAAUUGAACUGUGCUGUGUGCAUCUCAAUUGCAUCAUUUUUGUUAUACCAAUGUCGUCGAGUGAAGUACCUGGAGGCGAUGAAGCAGCAGGCACUGAAGGUGAUGGAGGGCUGCUCUCUGGUGGCGAUGGAGGGCUGCUCUCUGAUGGCGAUGGUGGUGAUUUUUAUGCUGUUCUUGAAGAAAUUGAUCCAGCGGAAGUAUAUACCCUUGUUGAUUUUCUUGUCGAGGAUGAAAUAAUGGAAGCAUUUGGAAAGAGGAUUGGCGAGAAAUUGAAGGCCACUAUGGAAGGAGCUUCUUCUGAGCCACCUCGCCGUCGCCAGCGUCAAAGUGGUCCGCGAAGGUACAUACCUAGGCCAAGAGAAAAGGGACAUGAUGAUUUAGUUGCUAAUUAUUUUUCAGCAAAUCCUAUCUAUCCCGAUGAGAUGUUCCGUAGGAGGUUUCGGAUGAAUAAGCAUUUGUUCCUUCGAAUUGUCGAUACUCUCUCUAAUUGGGAUAUUUUUUUUACCCAAAGAGUUGAUGCAACGGGUCGAGAUAGCCACUCGCCUCUCCAAAAGUGCACUGCAGCUAUUCGAAUGCUAGGAUAUGGCACAGCAGCUGAUGCACUAGAUGAGGUAUUGAAAAUUGCAGCAAGCACUUCUUUGGAAUGUUUAGGAAAAUUUGCCAAAGGGAUAAUUGAAUGUUUUGGUGCCGAGUACUUGCGUCCUCUGACCAGUGAUGAACUAGAAAAAAUACUUCAAGAGAAUGAGGCACGUGGCUUUCCAAGCAUGAUAGGAAGUAUUGAUUGUAUGCAUUGGGCAUGGAAGAAUUGUCCAAAAGGUUGGGCUGGCAUGUUUACUCGUGGUGACAAAGGGAAACCUACUAUGAUCCUUGAGGCGGUAGCAUCUCGGGACCUUCAUAUAUGGCAUGCUUUUUUUGGUACCGCCGGGUCUCAAAAUGAUAUCCAAGUGUUAAACAAGUCACCAUUGUUCAUUCAUGCCAUAAAAGGAGAAGCCCCCCGAGUGAGUUAUACUAUAAAUGGAACGCAAUAUGACACAGGGUAUUACCUUGCCGAUGGAAUAUAUCCUGAGUGGGCAGCCUUCGUGAAGACAAUAAGCAAACCUCAAACGGACAAACAUAAAUUAUAUGCGCGACGACAAGAAGGAGCAAGGAAGGAUGUCGAGUGCGCAUUUGGCGUGUUGCAAUCCCGUUUUGAUAUUAUCAACCGUCCGGCACGGUUAUGGAAAAGGAAUGAUGUUGUCAAUAUAAUGCAAGCUUGCGUUAUCAUCCAUAAUAUGAUAGUGGAAGAUGAAAAAGAUUUGGUUAGAAUUCCAAUUAAUUUGAAUGAAAAUCCGAGUGGAACCAUUGUCCUACCACCGGAAGUGAAUACAAAUGACAACCCUAAUCCAUGCUUUGUGGAGGUUCUUAACAGAAACUCGGCUAUCCGGGCUACCUCUACACAUCGUCAACUCAAGAAUGAUUUAGUUGAGCACCUAUGGAAGCUUUUUGGGCCAAGAGGAGGUUAGAGCCAU